AUGGAUCGUUCCGGCAAGAUCAUUGUCAAAGUGAGUGGGCACCUAUUGGCUUGUGGUCUCCUUCUGGACCUCCCGUACUCACCGCGCCGGGUCUUCACGAGCAGGCUGCUUCAGGGGUGGAGGAAUUGGGCAAUGCUGAUCGCCCCAUGACCACCGAUUCGCUCUUCUGUGAGUCACCACUGGCUGCGCCGAGUCGAUGCCAAUUUACAUGAAGCAACUGACUCGGGUACUUAUUACCCUUGCGUGACGUUCAACUAGGUCUCUACAGCUGCACCAAAGCGCUUGCCUCCAUCGCCGUGAUGCAGCUCGUCGAGCAAGGCAAAGUCGAACUCGAUGCCCCUGUAGGGGACGUCUUGCCCGAAGUGGGGAAUGUGGCCUUCUGUGAUGGGCGCAAACCCAAGAGAGCGAUCACCCUUCGUCACCUCCUCACCCACACCUCUGGAUUCGGCUACACCAACUUUCACAAGGACUUGCUCGCUUGGAGCCUGCAGAAUAACGUGAACGAGUGCGCCGGACACAUUGCUGCGUUCAUGUCGCCGCUCAUUGCCGAGCCCGGGGAGGACUGGAAUUACGGGGUCGGGAUCGAUUGGGCAGGAGAGUAAGUCCUUCUUGGCUCUCGCGUCUGCAUCCUUCCUCACAAGAAGGCCUGCCAUCCUGAACUCCCUGCGCUCCACGGUUUACCCCCUUCACAAAGGUACCUCCAUCGAGUCACGGGUCUCACUCUUGGCGAGUACUCCAAGAAGAACAUCUUUGAGCCUCUUGGAGCGGACGACCUCGAGUAUCGUCUCCUGCCCGAGAACGAGAAGCGUCUCGUCGCGAUGCACGCCCGAGGGGAAGACGGCAAGCUUUCCGUCGUCAACCACAUGCCGUUGACGUAUGACACUUCGUUCGAUUCAGGAGGUGCAGGCGCGAUCGGUUCAAUCGAAUCGUACCUCAAGUGCGUUUACAUCCUCAUGAACGAAGGUGUAGGUGCGAAUGGGGCGAGGAUCCUCAAGGCCGAAACCGUUAAGGUGAUGCUACAGGAUCAUUUGGGUCCGAUUCGAGAGAUCUUGGGCUCGGACCCCCUGGAGCGAACGAUCGAAUGCGUUGUCCCUGUAAGUACCUUGGAUGCCUCUCAAGUUUCCAGUUGAGUUUGACUCAUUCGAACGCCUUCGCAGGGAAUGAGCUACCCGCUGGUAGCGAUUCCGGGCCAACGCAAAGGCUGGGGUGAGUCAGAGACAGGAGCUCGUUGGACAUCAGUGAACCCGAGUUCGCUCCGGUAAAAGAUGGCGGCUUUGGUCCGUAGUCCACGUUACUAACACGCCGACGAGGGCCGACCUUUGGAACUACCAGGAAUGUCCUUCCAAAUUGCCCUCGAUCCGCUGCCGACCGGCCGUAAAGCUGGCUCGGUCAACUGGGCAGGCCUCCCGAACGUUUAUUGGCAAGUCGAUCCCGAGUCCGGAAUCUCGACCAUGCUGUGUUCGCAAAGCUUCCCUUUCGCCGACCCGGCCGCGAUCAUGCCGUGGCUGGAGUGCGAAACCGAGGUCUACAAGGCGGUCGCAAAAUAA